UUGUUUCCUGCAAAAGAAAAAAGAAAAUAGAGAAAGAUCAACCACAAGCACAAAAGAGAAGAAACUUAAAACCCAGUUGAUGAAUAAUGAUAAUCAUGGAGAGUAGGGAAGGAUUUAGAGCUAACAGUUCAAACAUAUGGAGGAACAGUGGUAGAGAUGUCUUUUCAAGAUCUUCACGUGAAGAAGACGAUGAAGAAGCAUUAAAAUGGGCAGCUAUUGAGAGACUGCCCACAAAUCUUCGGUUACAAAGAGGCAUACUGACCGAAGAAAAAGGCUGCCCGAAAGAGAUUAAUGUUAAGAAUCUUGGAUUGGUUGACAGAAUGAAUCUGUUGGAGAGGCUUGUUAAGAUAGCUGAAGAAGAUAAUGAGAAGUUUUUGAUGAAGCUUAGAGGAAGAAUUGAUCGAGUUGGAAUUCGGCUUCCAACUAUUGAAGUUCGGUUUGAGCAUUUGAAUGUUGACGCGGAAGCUUAUAUUGGUGGGAGAGCUUUACCUACUAUAUUCAACUUCUUGGUUAACAUCCUAGAGGGAUCCUUAAAUUAUUUGCAUCUUCUUCCCAGUAGAAAGAAAACAUUACCAAUCCUUCAUGAUGUCAGUGGUAUUGUUAAGCCUGGCAGAAUGACAUUGCUGUUAGGCCCACCAAGCUCUGGGAAAACAACACUACUUUUGGCUUUGGCUGGAAAACUUGGGUCAGAUUUACAAGUAUCGGGAAGAGUGACAUACAAUGGGCAUGAAAUGGACGAAUUUGUCCCUCAACGAACAUCAGCUUAUAUAAGUCAAUAUGAUCUUCAUAUUGGAGAAAUGACAGUUAGAGAAACACUUGCUUUUUCAGCCAGAUGCCAAGGAGUUGGAGCAAAUUAUGAAAUGUUGGCAGAAUUGUCAAGAAGAGAAAAGGAAGCAAACAUCAAGCCUGAUCCUGAUCUUGACAUCUACAUGAAGGCAUCAUCAAUAGAAGGUCAAGAGGCUAGUGUUGUCACCGAGUAUGUUAUCAAGAUUUUAGGUCUUGAAGUGUGUGCAGACACUGUAGUAGGAGAUGAAAUGUUUAGGGGCAUUUCAGGGGGACAAAAAAAGCGAGUCACAACAGGCGAAAUGAUGGUGGGGCCAUCAAGAGUGUUGCUAAUGGAUGAGAUAUCAACGGGUUUAGACAGUUCAACCACUUUCCAAAUAGUGAAUUCAAUUAAGCAAUCAAUUCACAUACUUGAAGGAACUUCUGUCAUCUCACUCCUUCAACCUGCACCUGAAACCUAUGACCUAUUUGAUGAUGUCAUACUUUUAGCAGAUGGACAAGUCGUGUAUCAAGGUCCUAGAGAAAAUGUGCUUGAGUUCUUUGAGUACAUGGGUUUCAAAUGUCCUGAGAGAAAAGCAGUUGCUGAUUUUUUACAAGAAGUAACAUCAAAGAAAGAUCAAGAGCAAUACUGGAUAAGAAAAACUGAAGCUUACAGUUUUGUUACAGUGCAAGAAUUCUCAGAAGCAUUUCGGUUGUUUCAUGUGGGAAGAAAAUUAGGUGAUGAACUUGGUGUUGCAUUUGACAAAACAAAGAGUCACCCUGCAGCUUUAACUACAAAAAAAUAUGGUGUUAGCAAAAAAGAAUUGCUAAAAGCUUGCAUAUCUAGAGAAUACCUGCUUAUGAAAAGAAACUCCUUUGUGUAUAUAUUCAAAAUGACACAGCUUACUUUUUUGGCUACAACAACAAUGACACUAUUCCUACGAACUGAGAUGCCAAAGAAAACAAUAGUGGAUGGAACAGUAUUCAUGGGUGCUAUGUUUUUCACAAUACUCACAAUUACAUUUAACGGAUUCUCUGAGCUUGGUUUAAGCAUUAUAAAACUUCCUGUGUUCUACAAGCAACGAGACCUUCUCUUCUAUCCUGCAUGGGUAUACUCACUACCCACAUGGUUCCUCAAGAUCCCAGUAACAAUUCUUGAAGUUGCCACAUGGGUAAUCUUGACCUAUUAUGUCAUAGGGUUUGAUCCAGAUGCCGGAAGGUUUUUCAGACAGUUGCUUCUGCUCAUAUGCAUUCACCAAAUGGCUUCAGCAGUAUUUCGUUUCAUAGCAGCAUUAGGAAGGAAUAUCAUUGUUGCCAACACAGUUGGAUCAUUUGCAUUUCUUGCAUUUAUUGUGCUAGGUGGAUUCGUCUUGGCCCGUGAUGAUAUAAAGAGUUGGUGGGCAUGGGGUUACUGGCUUUCACCUUUGAUGUAUGGGCAGAAUGGUAUGGCUGUCAAUGAGUUCCUUGGAAAAGAUUGGAGACAAGUUUUACCAAACUCUACAGAAACAAUAGGUGUUGCUGUCCUAAAGUCUAGGGGACUUUUCCCUGAAGCAAAAUGGUAUUGGAUCUCUGUAGGUGCUUUACUUGGAUAUAUGUUGGUUUUUAAUAUCUUCAACAUCUUGGCUCUCACUUUUCUAAAUCCCUUAGGGAAGCCUCAGGCAGUUCUAUCUGAGGAAGAAUUGGCUGCACGAAAUGCUAUAAAAACAGGAGACGCGAUUGAAUUAGCAGUGAGAGAUUCAUCAGUAUAUACAGAAACAAAAGAAAUUCGAAGAAGUAUAUCGUCAAAGUCAAUGUCAUCAAGAGUAGGCACUAUAACUGAAGCUGAUAAGAGAAAGAAGCGUGGGAUGGUUUUGCCUUUUGUUCCCCUUUCCCUCACAUUUGAUGAAAUCAGAUACUCUGUGGAUAUGCCUCAGGAAAUGAAAGCUCAAGGGGUUCCAGAAGACAAGCUAGAAUUGUUGAAGGGUGUUAGUGGUAGUUUUAGGCCUGGGGUUCUCACAGCUUUAAUGGGGAUUAGUGGUGCUGGUAAGACUACUUUAAUGGACGUCUUAGCGGGUCGAAAAACGGGUGGGUAUACCGACGGAAGGAUCAGUAUAUCCGGGUACCCGAAGAAACAAGAAACAUUUGCUCGCAUAUCCGGAUACUGUGAGCAAACCGAUAUUCAUUCCCCACAUGUCACUGUAUCCGAAUCCCUACAGUAUUCCGCGUGGCUAAGGUUGCCUCCCGAAGUUGAUUCACCAACUAAAAAGGAUUUUCAGAUGUUUAUUGAGGAGGUGAUGGAACUUGUGGAGCUAACUCCACUAAACAAAGCGCUUGUGGGUUUGCCGGGUGUGAAUGGGCUUUCAACAGAACAAAGAAAGAGACUCACAAUUGCAGUUGAGUUAGUGGCAAAUCCGUCCAUAAUUUUUAUGGAUGAGCCGACAUCUGGAUUGGAUGCAAGGGCGGCGGCUAUAGUCAUGAGAACAGUUAGAAACACUGUUGACACGGGUCGAACUGUUGUAUGUACGAUACAUCAGCCAAGCAUUGAUAUUUUUGAUGCUUUUGAUGAGCUACUUCUUUUGAAACGUGGAGGUGAAGAGAUAUACUUCGGUCCAUUAGGCCGUCAUUCUUGUCAUUUGAUCAAGUACUUUGAGGACAUUGAUGGAGUGAGCAAAAUUAAAGAUGGUUAUAAUCCGGCAACAUGGAUGUUGGAGGUGACCUCAGGAGCACAGGAAUCAGCUUUAGGUGUUGACUUUGCUGAAAUAUACAAAAACUCCGAACUAUACAAGAGAAAUAAGGAAUUGAUAAACGAAAACAGCCAACCGCCACCUGGCUCCACCGAUAUACAUUUCCGUACACAAUAUUCCCAAUCUUUUUGGACACAAUGUAUGGCAUGUCUAUGGAAACAACAUUGGUCAUAUUGGCGGAACCCACCAUACACUGCUGUGAGGUUUUUAUUCACAACAUUUAUCGCGUUGAUGUUUGGGACAAUCUUUUGGGACAUGGGGUCAAAAAGGGAAAAACAACAAGAUCUUUUCAAUGCGAUGGGUUCUAUGUAUGCUGCUGUAACAUUUAUUGGAGUACAAAAUGCGGUAUCCGUGCAACCUGUUGUUUCUAUUGAAAGAACAGUUUUUUAUAGGGAAAGAGCUGCUGGGAUGUACUCAGCUUUUCCAUACGCUUUUGGACAGGUUAUGAUUGAGAUACCAUAUAUUUUUGUUCAAACAAUUGUAUACGGGAUUAUUGUAUACGCGAUGAUUGGAUACGAGUGGACAAUAGUGAAAUUCUUUUGGCAGCUCUUCUUUAUGUACUUCACGUUACUCUACUUCACAUUUUAUGGGAUGAUGACAGUUGCAGUCACACCUAACCACAACAUCGCUGCUAUAAUCUCAUCUGCUUUUUUUGCAUUAUGGAAUCUUUUCUCCGGAUUCAUUGUUCCACGAACAAGGAUACCCAUAUGGUGGAGGUGGUACUACUACAUAUGUCCUGUUGCUUGGACACUAUACGGAUUGGUUGUUUCCCAAUUUGGAGAUGUGAAAGAGAAGCUAGAAUCAGGUCAAAUGGUUUCAGAGUUUGUCAGCAGUUAUUUUGGGUUUGACUAUGACUUUUUAGGGUUUGUUGCUGUAAUCAAUGUCGGAUUUGCUGUCCUAUUUGGGUUUAUUUUUGCGUACUCCAUAAAGGCGUUUAACUUUCAAACACGGUAAUAAAAGGAUUAUGAAAGCCAUAGAGUCCAAACGUCAACUCAUUGCUCAGAAGAAACAGAGGAUUUCUAAAUUAUUUUUUUUACGCUAUUCUAUGUGGUAGAAAAUAUUGGUGAUUAACUGAGCUUUGAAUCAAGAUUCGAGAGAACUAAACAACCAUUCAUGCUUUUAUGUAUUCACUACAGAAAUUUUGUGCAUGUUACAGUAGUUUCGUAUAGUGUUUGAUAUAAUAGAAUUGAGGAAGGAAUGGAAUUGUUCAUUUUAUUGGAAUGAGAAAAAAGAAGUUUGUUUUUUUUCUUUGUUCCAUUAUGGAAUGGAAUGAAAAUUGUUUAUGUUGAUACAAUGUUAAUAAAGCACACCGUAGAAGUGAUACCUUCCACAAAACUGGAACACUUUGAUGUAAAUGUUAAUCUUUCAAAUGUGGAAAUGAUAUAGUUUUUGUUGCAAAUGUUAG